UUUUCAUUGGCAAAUGCAUGAACUGAGAGGGAGGAGUAAUAAGAAAAAGAGAAUUAGAACACGCAGUAUCAGACAGAGAUCUUCUUAGAGGAAAGACAGACUCCAUCCCAGCUCAUCAUACCAGAAAAAUGGCAAAUGCCAUGGGUAUAUUCACUGCUGUCAUCUACUCUGCCAUAUUCCUGUUUGGGACUUUGGGCAAUGGUUUGGUUAUCUACGUAACAGGCUGCAGAAUGAAGAGAACUGUCAACUCUGUUUGGUUUCUCAACUUGGCCCUCGCUGACUUCCUCUUUACGGCCUUCCUGCUUUUCUCGAUCAUCAGUAUCACUCAGGACCACAAGUGGCAAUUUGGACCUUUCAUGUGCAAGCUCAAUACCUUUGUGAGCGUAGUGAGCAUGUUUGCCAGCAUCUUUUUUUUGACGGCCAUUAGUCUGGAUCGUUGCCUCUCCGUCUGCGUGGUCGUGUGGGCACACAACAAGCGCACCGUUUGUAAAACUUACUUGGUUACUGCUGUCAUCUGGGUGGCCGCUGUGAUCUGCAGCGCCCCGUAUGCUACUUUUCGCGAGCUUAUGCCACUUCCGAAUAAGACUUACUGUUCUUAUCCACGUGACGCACCGAUUUGGCCUCUGGACAUUUUUCGCUUUGUAAUGGGCUUUAUCAUCCCAUUCUUGGUAAUAACUGUCUGUUAUGUGGCCAUAGGUGUUCGUGCAAAGCGCCUGCAGAGGACAAGGAAACGCAGAUCUCACCGAGUUAUUCUCUCGGUCAUUUUUGCAUUCUUCAUCUGCUGGUUGCCGUUUCAUGUUAUGAUAUUGAUACAGCAUAACUAUGGACACCAUGAAAAAGUCAGACAGAAUAUUGUGACUGUAGGUCCUCUGACUGUGUGUCUGGCUUUCCUGAACAGCUGCCUCAACCCCAUUCUCUAUGUUUUCAUGUGCGAGGAAUUCCAGAAGAAGCUCAAGCAGUCCAUAUGCUUUGUCCUCGAGAGUGCCCUAGCAGAGGACCACUUGUCGUUUAUGUCCUCUCGCUCCCUGUCCUCGCACAUGUCGCGGGUUUCCCGAAAGUCUGAGUCUUCUGCAUCUCCAGAGAGGAAAGACACAGGCACUUACUUAAACUUCACAGAAAGCAAAGUGACCUGCAUUGAGGAGGGACAGAUACUGAGCACCCAAUAAGACCACUGUAAUGAAUCUGCUUUUUUUUAACGAACCUUUUAACCAGUAUUGAGAAAAGUGAAUCACAAACUCAAACUGGCAUCUAAGAUUAACCCAGGUAGUACAUUUGUGCACAGAAGAAAACGAGUUUAUUUGCAAUAAGUGAUUUGUUUGUUACUGCUUAUGGGGCAGUGUGUGUGUGUGUGUGUGUGUGUGUGUGUGUGUGGGGGGGGGGGGGGGGGUUAACAUAGACACCAUGUAGCUCUGUGUGUUUGACAGAAUAACUGAUAAGGCCUUACUUUCUCCUUUUAAGGUGUUUUUGUUUUUAAAGAAUGUUCUGUAAAGAGACCAGUUUGAGUAUGUUGAUUGUAUGUUGAUUUUGACAAGCUUUUGAUGAGAUGAUCCAGCUAAUUUACCAUUGUUUACCGACGACAGACUUUGAUAACUGAGCUUCAUGCAUUUACAUACAUUGAAUAAAAGAAGUAUUUUUGA